AUGACAGAUCUGGUGGCAGACAGGCCAUUAAGCAUCCCAGAGGAGCUGGAGAGCAACAGCAAUCAACAAUAUGAAACGGCGCUCAUCGUUCAACCUCGGCGCCGGAUUUCUGGAAUUUGGAAUUGGCGAUAUACUCUAGGAAUUGCAGGGCUCGCUGUUCUCUUUUCCCCAUUGACCUCGGUGGUCAGUUGGCUAAUUCCGGGAGAGAUACCUAUCGACCCUACUGACUAUGCUCUACGAACGAGGCGGGUAUUGCAGUCAUCGCCGCUGAUCGAUGGACAUAAUGAUUUGCCGUGGCUGUUACGAGUCGAACUGCAAAAUCGUAUCUACAACGGACGCUUCGAUCCAACACAGCGUCUACUAGGUCAUACCGACAUCAAUCGCAUGAAGCAGGGUUUAAUGGGUGGGCAAUUCUGGAGUGUCCAUGUCCAUUGCGACAAGGCGCAAAAGCACUUCGAUGAUCCGUCGUGGCUGGUACGAGACACGUUGGAGCAGAUAGACGUCGCCAAACGAUUUAUUGCCGAGUAUCCAGAUGUGUUUACGUACUGUACCACCCCUUCAUGCGUACGCACUGCUUUCAAGUCCGGCAAAAUAUCCAGCAUGCUCGGUAUCGAGGGCGGCCAUCAGCUGGGAGGUUCUAUAGCUUCGAUUAGGCAAGCCUACGAACUAGGGGUACGGUAUAUUACAACGACGCAUAAUUGCGACAAUGCAUGGGCCACAUCGGCGUCAACAGUAGCGGCAGGAGGUAGGGAUCAGGGACUCACGACAUUUGGUGCCGCCUAUGUGCAAGAGAUGAAUCGACUUGGAAUGAUGCUCGACUUGUCACACGUGUCCCAUCAGACAAUGCGAGAUGUUUUGUCAAUUACUCGGGCACCUAUUAUCUUCUCUCACUCGGGAGCUUUUGCAAUCACACCACACCUACGUAACGUUCCAGAUGAUGUGCUUCGGAGCGUCCGCAGAAAUGGUGGCAUCGUGAUGGCCGUAUUUGUUAACCGAUUUCUUAACAUGGAGGAGCCUAGCGCAGUGACAAUCCACGAUGUCGUCGACCACAUCUGGCAUCUGGCCGAUGUCACAGGCUGGGAACAUGUCGGCCUUGGCUCCGACUUUAGUGGAACGCCGCACACACCGGCCGGACUUGAGGACGUAUCAAAGUUUCCGGACUUGGUUGAACUACUCAUGGCUCGCGGGGCGACAGAUGAUCAAAUACGACUCCUCGUUGGUGAGAAUUUACUUCGCGUCUGGGCGGACAUUGAGCGACGAGGACGGGAGAUCCAAGCAGAGGGUUCCAGGCCGAUCGAGGACGAGUGGGAAGGCCGAAAAUGGCACACACAUUACAGGAGUUCACCCUAUAUGUAUCGGUCUACUCGGGAGAGAGCUAUCAGGGAGGGAUGGGGCGAGCCUAAUCAGUUCAACGUGGGCAAAACGGGCAAACACGAGCAGAUUUUCAAGGCCGAUGACGAUAUCUGA